AUUCACAACUCAAUGCGAAUGCAAGCGAUGUGAGAUCCAGUUCCUGGCUAGUUUCGAACAUAUCUCGUGUGAAAAUGGCUGUGAUGUCGGAAAAAGAGUUAUAUGGCUGUAGAAGAUUGUUGCAGUUGCUGUCAGAAGACGAUUUGUUGGCACUGAGCGAUACGGUGACUAACCGGUUAAUCCGUGUCACGAGUUCUAGAGAAGCCAUUGAAGCGAUAAUAACCUACUCUCAGAGUCCUGAAGAGCUUCUCAAAAGGAAGAAGGUCCACCGGGAUGUGAUCUUUAAGUACCUCGCUGCGGAAAAUGCUGCUCCAUCUCCAAACAGUGAGAAACAUCAGUUGGUAAAGAGGACUCUUGAACUGUGGUCAUCUUACAGCGAGAAAACAGUAAGUGUCUCCAAUGCACGGUGUACAGAGAAGAAUGGAGAUGGCUUGGGAGUACUGACAGCUUUGGGAAAGCAGUUUUGCCAGUGGUUCUUCCAGCUUUUGAACUCCCAGAACCCCCAGGCCGCUCAGCCGGUCGAGCACUGGGGUCCGCAGCACUUCUGGAGUGACGCCAAGAUGCUACUUGUCUUGUACACCCAGGUUCAUCAGAAAGAGGAGUUCCUUGGAGCUGAACUGGUGAGCCAGCGGCUUUUUGCCCUCGUCUCGGAGGAGAGGUUAGUCUUUUGCCCUAACCUGGAGCAGACAGGGCUGAAGUGUGUGUCUUCGCCUCAUGGGUUGGUGCUGGUGGCCGUAGCUGGCACCAUCCAUCGAGAGGACAACUGCCUUGCGAUUUUUGAGCAAGUGUUCGGGCUGAUUCGCGAUCCUCUGAAGGCCAGUCGCUGGAAGAUAAAACAUGUGCAUUUGAAAAUAAUGGGAGAAAUUGGGAAAGACACAUUGCCAGCAGUGACCUAUGAUUCAAAAGAACUGUUUGAACUAUUCACUUUGUAGAACUGUCUGUAUGGACAUUUGUACACUAAACAAGAAGCACUUUAAAUAAUGCAUGAUACACUGUACAUAUUUUAACAUGGGUAACUUUCAUUGUUUAUAUGCAGUGUGAACUUUUUAUUAAUUCUGUCAUUCUUUAAACAUUCAUUAAGGUUUAAAUGUUUAAGAAGCUACGCAAAUUGUCAUUCAUUACCAGUUUCUGUUUACCUUUGUCCUGUGAAGCUCAUAAACCGGUCCAUAUUUGGAGCCAUAUCAUAAUACUAUAAAGCCUCUAACUUUUAUAAUGCCCUUGGUGGUGAUGAACAGAUGAUUUAAGAUUACUUGUUAGUACUUGAAAUUUAAAUGAGAAUUACUGAUUCAGUAUCAGUAUUUUCUCUCCCUAGUCUAUUUAAAGACUAAAUCACUUCAUUAAAAUUU